AAAAAACGAUCUAGCCUGCAGGCCUCAUUCCUGGCAUGCUACCAAAUUCACUGAGAAUCAACUUGAAACAGCUGUGUCACAACUCUCCUCCACCAAUGUCUGUGCUUCAUGGCCCUCUCAGUAUCAUUCAAGUUCCUUUGAUCUUUUAAAUUCAUGGGAUCAAUCAAAUCUACAUCAUACCUCAGGCCAGUUCAGCUCUGUGGGAAGCAUGGAUAUCUGGGAUCACACACCCCAAACAUAUCAGUAUAGUCAGAUUUCCUCUGCAAAGUCCAAUAGCAGCAUUGAUCAUCUGAGGAAUCCCAGCAAAAGAGAUUCUGCAUAUGGUUCUUUUUCUACUAGCUCCAGUACACCUGAUCACACAUUGUCUAAUGUAGAUGCUGUGUCAACAGAGAAUGUGAUGUAUAAAAUGGGUCACUGGGAAACUCCAAAACAAGGAAAUAGCAAGACUGCUUCAUUUCUAAGUGAUAAUGGAAGUUCUGAAGAAAAAGUUAACUCCUUUGCAACUCCCCCACAAUAUGAAAACAACCUAAGUUUGCGACUGGAAGUCCAUACUAAUUCACUCUAUUCUGGGGCUGGAAGAUCUAAUUUUGUACCUGUAUGGUAUGUCCCUGAAGGGAAAAAGUCUCCUUCCCCUCCACCUCCCCCACCCCCUCUCCGUAGUGAUAGCUUUGCUGCUACCAAAAGUCAUGAUAGAGAUCAUGCACCUCUAUAUUCAGAAGGCAUUCAGAGCCCCCAGCAUUUUGAAGUCCUACAUAGAACACCAAUCAGAAAUGACUGGAGUGCUGAAGCUGCUGAAGAACAAAAGCUAAUGAUCAACUCAGUUGUCAAGACCUCACACAGAAGACGAGGAAGCAGCCCAAUACAAAGACCUGAUUUUAUUCCAGAUUAUGGUUUCUCUUCCCCAGGUGACAGGAUAAACAAUAAUAUGGGAAGUGCUAAGAGGUUGCAUUCUUCUCUGUCUAGUACUGAUGUUCGAUUUGCCCAGUAUGUUUAUGAGUCUCAGCACCAUCAACAUCAGCGUCAAUAUAGUGAUGAAUAUAGUUUCUUUCACAAUACAAAAGCCUCUGCAUCAUCUAAAGAGCCAAAAUGGCUCUUUCCUUAUAGUGACAUUAGGGAAAGGCCUUCUGAUAAACAUAACUGUCAUCUAAACCAAACCAGAAUUCCUAGUAAUACCACCAUUGCAGUUUCUGACAUGAGUUCUGAGGAAAACCCGGGACUAAAUCAUUAUUACUGUGCAAAAGUGAGGCAGCAGCCUGCUCAGGGAAUCUCAAAACCAUUACAAUAUAAAAAUGAACGUAGGAAUUCUGUGUCAAGUGAGAAUCCUGCCAUAACCAUGAGCCAAAAUCCUAAGUAUUCUCUACCUCAGCAUCUUACUGGGUCUUCUUUGGAUAUAUGUGAAAAGGGAGCUCAUUGUGUAGUUAAUAAAGGAAAGGAUAUUAAGGCUGUUGUACUAGAAAAUUCUAGGAAGGUAAAUUACUCUGAGAAAUUGGGUCAGAACAAGACAUUUGAAGAAAAUCUCAGUAGUCGUCAUGAUUAUAAGGAUGGGCAGGAGUAUUUUCAGGUGUCUGACACUAAAAUAGCCCAAAAAGAUUUCAAAUGGAAUCAGGAGAAGAACUAUCAUAUUUCUCCUCCAAAAACUCCAAUGUUGCAUUCUUUAGCUCAGGAAGAGAAAAAGCAAGUUAAUGUUGCUGCCGAAAUUAGAAUUAAUAAACAGACAGAAUUUGAUGUUCACCUAAGCAAAAAUGCACGAAGGAGUGAUCGUUUUGCUACCACACUGAGAAAUGAAAUUCAAAUGAAGAGAGCAAAACUCCAAAAAAGCAAAAGCACAGCGGCCUUAGUAGAGCCAACUGAGGAAGAGGACUGUGCUGAGAACUGGAAGCAUGAUCCUCAAGAAAAGACAGUCUGUUUAUCACAAAGUUGUUAUUCUCACAUGUACAAGGAUAAUCUGAAAGAGGUCCAAACCAGAGUCUUGAAGGCCACUUCUUUUCAGCGCCGAGACUUGGAACCCAAUUCUGCAGAGUAUCUUCCAGACCGAAAGACAAAUAUGUAUAAUACUACUCCAUUGACUUUUGUUUCUGAAGAUGAAUUAGAUUUUCCUGAACUUAGGCAGUCUUCUGGACAGAUAUCACUGAGUAAUGAUGCUCACCAUCUUUCACGUAUUGGUACUAGGAAGAGAUUUACUGCAGAACAAAAAUUAAAAUCUUAUUCUGAACCUGAGAAAAUAAAUGAAGUGGGUAUGUUGAAUGAUAACUGCCAAACACACCAUCGUCCAACUACAUCAGAGGAAGCUUUGGAAACUUUUGCAGAUAAAUGGAAGUUUUUUGAAGAAACUAGUAAGCCAGUCUGUCAAAAAUCUUCACAGAGAUGUGAAUCCUACUUUCAUUCAGAAGCAGAGCUUGCUACUCUUCAUAGAAAUUCUAAUGAAAUUGAAUCUGGAGGAUCAUGGUACAAAAAGAGAAUGCGGUCAGCUUCUUUCGGAGUUGAGAAUGCACUUUGUGCAUCUGAUAGAUCUAGUGAAACUGUACGUUACAGUGGCGACAUCACUAAAUCAAGACAACCUCAGAGGUUAGAAACAUUUGCAGAAUACCAGGCUUCCUGGAAAGAACAGAGAAAACCUAUAGAAAGCUGUAGUUCUGGAAAGUGCCAUUCAGCUGAUAACAUCCUUGAUGCUGGCUUUGAACAACUUGAGAAAACUCAGUAUAAACAUGAAAGGUCCAGGUCAUCUCCUUCUACUGAUUUUUACAAGCAGGUAAAUACAUUUUACUACAUUUUGUUUCAAAGCAAUGAAAAAUAA